AUGCACGCAAUUUCGUGUCCGCGUUUUCAAUUGCUUAAAAAAUGGAGUGAGAAUAAACAGUACCUGAGAGCUGUUAGUUUUUAUGGCGGCAGCGGUAGAAUCAAGGCGGUGGUGGCCGCCAUGGAGAAGGAGGACGACGAGGAAGAAGAUGAUGCCGCAUACGCCAUAAUGACUUAUACAAAGGAGAAUAAAGAGAAAACUAUGAUAGAAUAA